GACGGACAGAUAUAUAUCCAUUAUUAAUAUUAAUAUUCCGAUUCUCUAAAAGUUUAUUUAGGGUUUCUUAACGAAGUGAUAUUCAAAGCGUCGACAUAUCAUGGCUCCGCUCACCAGGAGCAGGAAGAGAAAGGAGAUGACUCCAGAUAUUGAGAUUACAACAUGCGAUAAGAGCAGUAAGGCUGCUCUGGCAUCAUCAGAUGAGAAGAAGCCAAAGAUGCGGAAAACAGCUCAGGGGAAGAAAAUAAUCUUAGUUAAUAUGGAAGAAAUUAAAAAAAUAGAAAUCAACCAACAUGAGUUUAUCAUCCCACCCGAUGUAAGAGAUAAAUAUGGACGACCACUACGACGAGGGCCAUCCAUACGGACAUUCAUACCAUCUAAAACCAAUCAGAAACAAGUAGCAUUCGAAUUCUGCCCAUCCGUGGACCCCAAUCAGGAAGACUUAUUCCCCAAAAAUAUUAAUCCCCAUAUUGAAGCUAUCCAGAAACUUAUCAACACCAGUUUCAAUUUCGUCCGAAAUUAUGAAUUUUUAAUGGAUUCUGCUAACGAGGUGAUACGCAUUCUUCAUUGGUUCCUCAGCCUCAAGUCUACGCGUUUUGACUGGCGCAGGAACGUUUUUAUGAAACCAAUCAGGAAAGCGGAGGAUAUACUUCAAAUACCUGAUUUAAAAGACUGUCACAAAAUCUGCAUGCUUGCCGAGAAUGGUUGUGUAAGUCUUUAUCCUGAUCCUCCUGGGAUUUCUGAGGCUGAGAGAGAUGCUCUUAUACAACCUAUGAUGAAUCAAACUAUCCCUGUAGGCUAUCACCUUCCUUUAAAUGAAGAAGAAAGGAAAAUCUGGUUGGACUUCAAAAAAUCAGAUAAGGGGAAUCCUGAAUUUGUGAUGAUAGAUUUAACGUUUGAGCAGGACGCAGUAAGGUCCAUUAUUCCUUCUGAUCCCAUUGUUAGUGUUAUUGGUAGCUUUGCGGUUGCUGCGUUCAACAAGGCAUGUGCGACGCAUUUCAAGAAGGAUGAACAAAACAAUCUUCAUGAUUUCGAAUAUAUGGAGUGCAAAUACGUUAAAGAUAGCGAGGAUUAUUUCUUCUACAUGAGUAUAGAGGCCAUUGAAGAAGGGAAUCUUGGCGUCUACGAGACCAUAGUUAAGUGCAGUAGGGAUGACGGUAGGAGAACAUUGCUCAAGUUUGUCCUUACCGACCGUACACCAGCUGGUACAAAAGCGAUGGCGAUAUCUCUUUCUUCUUGCCUGAUAUCCUUAUUAGAUACUUUAGAAUGUGUGGGAGAUAAAAGACACUGUAAGCUGUGUAGGAUGCAUUCUGUUACUAGAGGUGUGUGGCGAGGCAUCGCGGCUCAGGAGACCGUUUUUUUCUCAUAUUAUCUUGAUGAAACUGUGAAAGGUAUUCGACGAGUGCUUUCUCUGAACCUGCAGUUGCUCUUUCAGCCAGAAUGCACCCGAAAAACCAAUCCAGAUGCCUGGUCUGUUCCUGGUCCUGACUUAGAUACCGGUAUGAAGCUUAGGAACAAUGGCACACCUUGUAUGGGUUAUGACUACAACCCGCACUCCAUGGACAGAUGCCUGGUCUGUUCAUGGGGCCGACUUGGAUACCGAUAUGAAGCCUAGGAACAAUGGCACACCCUGUAUGGGUUAUGACUACAACCAGCACUCAUUGGGCAGCGGAAGGGCUCCCAAUCUUGUAUAUUUUAUUAGUUAUUCGCCAACCGUCUACAAUGGAAGGUGCUUUUGCGGAGGCCUCAGGGAAAAAUGAGCUAAUGUAUGGAAAGAAACGUUAAGUCUAGCUUUUGGAAUCUUGGUCUUAUAGUUUCUCCAAGUUAUUAGAUAUGUGUUUCCUUUGGUGUGUUAAUUUGCUUAAAUUAUAUAUCUAGGUUGGCACACUAAUGCUUAAAUUAUAUAUAUUCAAGUUAUUAGAUAUGUUUAAAAUCA